UCCCAUAGUUCUUUAUUCGAUAUAGUAACCUGAAUAAUUCUUUCCAGUGUCGAAAAUAUAAACAAAGUGAACGAUUCUGUUUAGACAUGUGUUUUUAUUCUCCUUAAUGAUCCACCCGAGCGAUUUGUUGAGAUCUGAUUCACGAUCAAAGCAGUUUACUGCACCACUCUAUUUGCAAGGACAAAGUGAUAAUGAUUGGGGUAUAUAUAUUUUCCCCUGUUUGGCUAAACUGUUUAAUUGGAAAACUUUCGCCAAACCGACGGUGUUCACUGCGAUAUUAUCCCUGAUUGGGUUCUUUCAAGGUUUUUUGCUGUUCUACUUCAGGAACACAUCAGAAAUAUGGUCCAGGCAAUAUGGUAUUCCCAAGGGAACUUCAGAUUGGAUAAUUUAUGUGGAUGAAUUUUUUGUUGGUUUGCUUGCUUUGCCCAUAUCCUAUUGGGCGUCUGUAACUCACAAGAUAAGAUGGAUUUCUCUCAUAACUAUAGCUCAUGGAUUGCUUUCCUUGUCCAUGUUUAUACCAGAAAGUUUACUUGCAUCACAUACUUCUGUUCCAAACUCAACUGUGUCACUUUGUGGUGGUGACUUCCAGAAGAUGAAAGAAGAUGUCAACAUUACAGUAUACAUCUAUAUAUUUGUGUACCAGCUACUGGGUGCUGCAGCAUCUGUUGCAUUUUAUUCUCUUGGGUUGGUCUAUAUGGAUGACAAUACUUUGAGGAAUAAGCCUACAAUUCUAGCUAUCUGCUUAGCGUCAAGGCUGUUGGGUCAACAAUUUGGUAUUUAUGCUUCUUGGUUCCCAAAUUGGUCGAACUCUUCUAAUAUAUUCAGGAGUUUAAUAUGGCAAGGUGGUUGCAUUCUUUACAUAGUAUUGUCAGUCGGAAUUGCAAUGUUUCCAAAGGUUUUACCCUCCCUUCUCAUAAAAAAAUUAGCAGCUUCACUAUUAGAACUUGCUAGUGGCGUUACAACUAGUGACUUAGUUGUCGUCAAGGCAGAUGGAUUUCUGGCUAUCAUUAAAAGGAUAAUGAAGCAAAAGAUAAUCAUACUGAGUGUUGUAUCAGCUGUAGCAAUGGAAUCAGCUCGAAUUAAUUUCGAAAUUUUCGAAGAUUACUUCAAACAAUCCAGGUACUUCAUUAGCGAUAACUUUGAUGACUAUGGAUUCAACAGUUCAUUCUCUUUGAACUUAGUUACGAAUAUGAUGGAACAACCAUUCACCAUACUAUGUCUAGUUGUAGCAGGUUUGGUGAUGUCCAGGACUAAAAUCAAAUUGAAAUAUUUGAUUCUAUGGAAUAUAGCAGUUUAUUCAAUAGCUACGAUAUUAUUUUGUGGAAACUUGUUUAGCAAAUGCGAAUAUGAAGAUAUGACACAGCUGGUUCCAUCUUGCAGUGUCGACUGUGGUUGUAGCCUGGAUGAAACCUUCAAUCCUGUUUGUUUAUCUGGAAGGACCUUUUAUUCACCUUGCCAUGCAGGGUGUAGGAGCAUGGAGAAGCUAGGGGAAUAUCAGAUAUAUAAGAAUUGCACCUGUGCAUCUUUCGAAGGAUCAGCUACUGAUGGCUCUUGUCACUUGGAUAAAUGUAGAUUUGUGUAUCAAAUAUCGCAAGUCAAUAAUGUUAUUAUCCGUGGACUUUUAGCUACCACUGUUGUAUCUAAUAUCGUAAUAGUUUUGAGUAUGGUGAGAGGAAUCGACAAAUCAGUUGCUCUAGGUUUAGAAAUGGCCCUCUUGAGUCUGAUACCGUUCCUUCCAGUGAGAUUCGGAUACUAUAUAGUUUCUGAGAAACUUUGCAAACACUGGUACCAAGGUAAAUGCAGGAUAUAUUCUCCUCAGCUAAGUUCAUUCCUUUCCAAUGCAACUAUAGUAUUGAUGCUAUUGGGAACAGUAACAGAGAUGUUUUUGCUUUCAACUAAGAUGGAGGAACUUGAUAAGCCUAUACGUAGAUUAAAGAACAGAAAGAACAGCGAUAUAUCAUCUAAGAGAGCAGCUUCGGUUCAGAAUUUCGAUGCAGAUAAUAGUGGUAGUGAACGAAUGGUGGAUUAUAGUGAUUUUGAUUCUUUAGGUGACGAUCAUGAUUCAGAUGCCGAUCAACCUUUGGAAAAAAAACAUAUCAUGGCUGCAAAUAUCGGUAAUUCUGUCGUUUUGGAGUCUCAUCUGUGAAAAAUUGAGCCUCAGUAUUUCUCGAUGUAUUUAUAAUUAAUGACAAAUAAUUUUUACGCAAU